AGGAAACAGGAAACUCUUCAGUUCAGAGAAACUGAAACUGAAGUUCAGUUGAGCUGUUGUGUGUUUGUAUCUCUGUAUUUAUGCAGUAAAAUGGCAGAAGUCGGAAUUUCUCAGGAUGAGUUCAGGUGUUCAGUGUGUCUGGAUCUCCUGAAGGAUCCAGUGACCAUUCCCUGUGGACACAGUUUCUGUAAGAGCUGUAUUACAGGCUGCUGGGAUCAGGAGGAUCAGAUGAGAGUCUACAGCUGCCCUCAGUGCAGACAGACCUUCAGUUCAAGACCUGCUUUAGCUGAAAACACCAUGCUGGCUGAAGUGGUGGAGAAACUGAAGAAGAGAAAACUUCCUGCUGACUGUUAUGCUGGAGCUGGAGAUGUGCAGUGUGACGUCUGUACUGGAAGAAAACACAAAGCUGUAAAGUCCUGUUUGGAGUGUCUGAACUCUUACUGUCUGAAUCACCUUGAAGAACAUGAGAGUUUCUUUAAAAGAAAGAGGCACAAUCUGACUGAUGCCACUGGAAGACUGCAGGAGAUGAUCUGUCAAACACAUGAUAAACUCCUUGAGGUUUUCUGCCGGACUGAUCAGAAGUGUAUAUGCCUGCUUUGUACGAUGGAUGAACAUAAAAACCACGACACUGUAUCAGCUGCAGCACAGAGGACAGAGAAACAGAAGCAGCUGAAGGAGGUGCAGAGGUCAUUCCAGCAGAGGAUCCAGCAGAGAGAGAAAGAUCUUCAGCUGCUGAGAGAGGCUGUGAAGUCUCAUAAGAGCUCUGCACAGACAGCAGUGGAGGACAGUGAGAAGAUCUUCACUGAUCUCAUCCGCUCCAUUGAGAGAAGCUGCUCUGAGGCCACACAGCGGAUGAGAGAUCAGGAAAUGACUGCAUUGAGUCGAGCUGAAGGUCGACUGGAGCGACUGGAGCAGGAGAUCAAUGAUCUGAGGAGGAGAGACGCUGAGCUGGAGCAGCUUUCACACACACAGGAUCACAUCCAUUUCCUGCAGAGUUUCCAGUCUCUCUCAGCUCCUCCUGGAUCUACAGACGUAAAUGACAAUACCUUCAGUUCUCUCUCUUCUUUUGAUGGCGUGAGAGAAUCUGUCCGUCAGCUGAGAGACAAACUGGAGGAUUUCUGCAAAGAGGAGCUGAAGAAGAUCUUUGACAGAGUCAAUUUCUCCAACGUUGAUCCCAGGACCAGGAACGACUUCCUACAAUAUUCCCAUCAGUUCACUCUGGAUCUGAACACAGCACAUAAAUGGCUCCGUCUGUCUGAGGGGAACACAGUGAUUAAAGUAGCUAGCAGAGAUCAGUCGUAUCCUGAUCAUCCAUACAGAUUUGAUUAUUAUCGUCAGGUGUUGUGUAGAGAGAGAGUGAGUGAUCGACGCUGUUACUGGGAUAUUGAGUGGAAGGGGAAUACUGUGUCUAUAUCAGUGUCAUAUAAGAGCAUCAGCAGGAAGGGAAAGGGUAAAGAGUGUAUGUUUGGAUCUAAUGAUCAGUCCUGGAGUUUGAUCUGCUCUACUGACAGAUACACAUUCAGACACAAUAACAUAGAGACUGAACUCCCUGUAGAGCCCAUCAGCAGUAGAACAGGAGUGUAUGAUGAUGAUGACGAUGAUGAUGAUUAUGAUUUAGAGUCCAUCAUCAGCAGGAGAAGUAGGAGUGUAUGUGGAUCAGAGUGCAGGAACUCUGUCCUUCUACAGCGUCUCUGGAGACACAAUGAGCCUCAUCCACACAGUCCAGACCACAUUCACUCAACCGCUCUAUCCUGGGUUUAGGGUUUG